AUGCUCACACUUCCAUCCUUUCCCUCUGCGCUCCAGCCAGAGGUAGCCGCAGAAUCGGACCAGUCGUCCUCCGCAGGCAGCAUAAUCGACAUGGACACCUUCCGCCAGAUCCUUGACCUCGACGAGGACGAGACACACGAUUUUUCCUCUGGCAUGGCUUGGGCGUAUUUCGACCAGGCCGCAACGACGUUUAAGGAGAUGAAAGAAGCUCUUGCGGCGAAAGACCUCUCGAAACUCUCUUCUCUCGGCCACUUCCUCAAAGGGUCCAGCGCCGCUUUGGGUGUCGCCAAAGUGCAAGCGUCGUGUGAGCGCAUGCAACAUUACGGUCAGCGACGAGACGAAGAAGCAAACGUGGACCUCGCUCCCGAAGAAGCAUUAAGCAGGAUCGAACGAUUACUUGUACAAGUGAAAACGGAAUAUGACGAUGCAGAAAGUUGGUUGAGGAACUGGUACAAAGAGCAUGGCGUCGACCAAGACGGUGCCUAA